ACAAGAUGCAGUUUGCAAAACCAAAAAGAGAAAAAAAUCCGGAUCGGGGCGAAAGGAUCUGAAACGCAACAGGACUGCGUUAAAGUGAUCUGAAAAGAUGCCUUAACACUUGUGGAUGCAUUUGAUUGGCUGGAAAUGCUGUUAGAAUUCGCAAUGCAAGAUGUAGCUGUUGAGCAAAUAAUCUGGAAAAACAGAUAAAUUAUUUGACAAGACCAGAAGAUUGUAUCACAAGAUCUCCAGAUGGAUAAUGAAAUAAUGAAACGGAGGAAGUUCUCCACCAGCAGUGAGGACUCGGACACCACUGACAGUCACAUAACAUUAUGGUGUCGAAGUUCUAAGACAGCAAACACAAAGCACCCCUGGACAAGGCAGGAAGAGAAGAAGCCUUCAGAGGUUUUUCGAACAGAUCUGAUCACUGCCAUGAAGCUCCCUGAGUCCUACCAGCUAAACGUGGAUGAGUACUACAUUCUAGCUGACCAGUGGCGACAGGAAUGGGAAAAAGGUGUUCAGGUGCCAGCUAAUACGGAAUCAAUCCCUGAACCAGUGGUGAGGGUUUUACCAGAAUUUGAGAAAACACUUUUUACUCCACAAGAACAAGUGUUGGACACUCUCACUGGCUCUGAGUCUGGCUAUGUGGACAUGAAGUUGCCUUCCAGGAGUACAUGUCGCUAUGACCUUGAUGAGGUUGAUGUCUACUGGUUGGAACUGGUGAAUGCAGAAUUUCAAGGAGCAGGAAUGCUUGAAGUUGAUGAACUGAUGAUGGAAAGGAUCAUUGAGGAGUUAGAAAGUCAGUGCCAAGAGAAUAUGAACCUGGCAAUUGAGACAGAAGAAGGUCUCGGGAUUGAAUACGAUGAGGAUGUGGUGUGUGAUGUCUGCCGUUCCCCAGAGGGAGAAGAUGGUAAUGAGAUGGUUUUCUGUGACAAAUGUAACAUCUGCGUUCACCAGGCAUGUUAUGGAAUCUUGAAAGUGCCCCUUGGCAGCUGGUUGUGUCGGACAUGUGCCCUGGGGGUUCAACCGAAGUGUUUGCUGUGUCCCAAGAGAGGAGGUGCUUUGAAGCCAACACGCAGUGGCACAAAGUGGGUCCAUGUUAGCUGUGCCUUAUGGAUACCUGAAGUAAGUAUAGGUUGCCCUGAGAAGAUGGAACCCAUUACAAAGGUGUCACACAUUCCUGCUAGCAGAUGGGCUCUGUCUUGUAGCCUUUGCAGUGAACGGACUGGGACAUGUAUUCAGUGCUCAAUGGCUUCCUGUAUAACAGCAUUCCAUGUGACAUGUGCAUUUGACCAUAAUUUGGAAAUGAGGACUAUUCUUGCAGAGAAUGAUGAAGUCAAGUUUAAGUCCUAUUGCCUGGAACACAGCAGCACUAUCACCAAUUCCUGCAGCAAACGGGACGAAACUAUGAGCAAAUUGAACGAUACACGGCAGCUCUCCACAACCACUGAAGGGAUGGUAGAGGUGAAUCAGAGUGAGUGUGACCUGGAGAAAGCGAGCCUGAGGAAACAGAAGCUGCAACAACUUGAGGAGGAGUUCUAUGAGCUAGUAAAUCCUGCCGAUGUGGCCCAGCAGCUGCAAGUGUCUGAUGUCCUGGUGGAUUUUUUCUAUCAGUACUGGAGACUCAAGAGAAAGUCAAAUUUCAACAAACCGCUGCUGGCUCCAAAAACCGACGAAGUGGAUAAUCUCGCCCAGCAAGAACAGGACAUCUUAUACCGACGACUGCGACUCUUCACACAUCUUCGACAAGAUUUGGAGAGGGUUAGGAAUUUGUGCUACAUGGUGACACGGAGAGAGAAAAUGAAACAAUCAGUCUGUAGACUUCAGGAGCAAAUAUUUCACCAUCAGACUAAACUGAUAGAAGAAGACCUACAUCGAGGAUACUCUGGGAAAAAAACAAAAGGAAAACUGAGUGACCCAAAGGAGCGUGGGAAGAACAGAUCGAAGGGCAGUAUCGAGAAGAAAGGCAAGUUAAAGAGUGAAACACGGUCCUUACUGAAGCAACUUGGUUUGCCAUCCUCCAUUUCCUUGGAUGGGGAACUUCUGCAGAAUUGGUUGGCCCAGACUGUUCAGGUUAAGACAGAAAACCUCCUGAGCCAUUGGUCUUUGCACAGUGGAGCAGGAAAUGAAGAGGCAUCAAGUUUCCUGUCAGAUAAACUCCUUCAUGACGAGCAGUCAUUACUUAGCAUUGGUUCAGUGAACCGUGCCAGCGAUCCUCAGUCAGAACCAUCCUACGCACUGGAAAAAAAAUCCAGGCACAAAGCAGGAGAAGACAGCAAGCCUAAAUCCCUACAAGAUUGCACAGGCAUCAUUCACACCAAGAAUCAACAAAAGAAACAGCUGAACUGUCCACUAGAUUGCACGUCCUGGUGUGAUAACUCCACUGAACUUUCUACGCAGGGCAGUUACACCAAUGGGUCAAAAGGACCAGCGCCAAAAGCCAAUGGAAGUCACAAAAGGGCCAACGAUAUGCGAAAGAUCAGCAAAAAGCAGGCCUCACAUCAUUCCAGUUCCAAAGCAGCUCUCCCCAGCACGCCCCCAAUAAGGAAUAUCAGUCACAUUGGUGAAAUGUUGGACUACUUUGAACCUGCUUCAUCUAAACCCAGUUCUUCAGUUAAAGUGCCUAAUGCAUCCACAAACCCUAAAUCUUGGGUAACUUUCAAGAUUCCAAAACCAAGAGAAAGCAGGAAGUCACAAGUGCAGAAGCAGGAUCUGGGCAACAAAUAUCAGCAGCUGAGCCCAGAAAGAGAAAAAAAGUCCAAAGAGACAACAAAGAUGAAGCAACUCUUCGACAACGAGACUGAUGGCUAUUUUUCUGAUGCUGAAAUGAGUGACUCGGACACAGAAUCUAUGGCAAAUAGGUCACAAAGGCUUCAGCGCUUGAAUUCAGAAAGCGUGGUGGUACACCGAAAAUGUGGUGGAGAGGUUGUCAGAAGGAGCAUUCUAGCUUCCUGAAUAUCCAGGGUAACUGGAUAAAAAAUAGUCAGGUGGCUCAAUUCCAAUUACAACUCAUGCACUCAUCUCUGCUGGUCAUCUGACCCUUGAAAUGCUUUCUGUGCAAGUUCUGACUUAGUGGUUAAAGAUUCAGUGUCACUGCCUCUCUUCAUUCUCUCCCCUACAGCUGCCAGCCUAACAAGAUCAUGUAGUGAACUUUUAAAAUUCUAGUCAGUAAAAGCCCUUUGGAACAGUAGGUCACUCAACUUGUAAUAAGCCAGCAUGCAGUCAAAGUAACUAACCAUGGUAUAUAGUGUGUGGUUUAUACCUUGCUGAUCCAUGAAAUAAUAAUUUCAUGAUUCCAGAGUACCAGUUAUUUGAUGCCCUGUAACUUCAGGCAUUGUAUCACUGUUUUCUUUAUUCUCCUCCUGUAUUGUGCUUCUUCUACCCAUUUCCUGCACGACAGUAGGAAAAGAAACCAUAAUUAAAAAAACAGAUGAAACUA